AUGAACACUGUAGAUUAUUUGGCUUUUCCUCUAAUAGUUGCCAAUCACAGGCAAAAUAACAUCCUGAAGAAAAAAUGGGACAGCUACCACUACCAAUGCCACAUGUCACGGAUGGAACAAGAACGUCUGGCUGUGAUAGAAAAGGACAACCGGCUGCUCAUGGAGAAAAUUGCUCACAUUAUGCGCACUAGGGGGGCAGUGGACAACUGGAACAAUUGUCUUUUAAGAAGCUUUAACAGCAGCAGAAGGAACAGAGAAAUUGUAAGGAUCACUGCAGAGAACCAAGCAAUACACAAGAGGAUUCAGGACAGCAAGCCAAACUAUGAUCACAAGAAGUGGGAAGAGGAAUGGAAGGCUACAAGAAAAUACCUGCAGAACACGUCUUCUUACCACACUCUGGCCAAGGGCAAAUGAAUGGGCUGAAUUCCAGCUCUUACAUCACGGAUAUUCCACGUCCCAAAUAAAAGGAACAGCGCGGAAAAGAACAUCAUGGAGAAUAUGUCAUUCUUAGUCUAGAUUUUCUUUACAGUCCUGCAGAUUGGGAUAACCUCUAGGUGACAUGUGUAACACUA